CAAGUGUUACAGUGGUCUCAGAACUGUUCAUCACUGCAUCCGCACUGCAAACCGCGAAUAAUACCAAGGGAAGAAUGGCCAACUCGAUUACUUGACGUAGGCGGCGCCGACUCGCCCGUGAUCAGAUUAUGCGAUACGAUCAAGCUCGAUAUUACAACAUUGGAGUACACAACCCUCAGUCAUUGCUGGGGCGAUUACAUUCCGAUUCGUCUUCUUAAAAGCAAUUAUUCCUCAUUUGUCGACGGGAAACCGCUUUGUAGCCUGCCAAAAACGUUCCAAGACGCCGUAGAAGUUACACGUAAACUUGACGUGCGUUUUCUCUGGAUCGACUCUCUUUGCAUUGUGCAAGAUUCAACCUCGGAUUGGGCCAAAGAGUCGGGGAAAAUGCGUUUGGUCUACCGGAAUUCGUCCUUGACUAUCGCAGCAGCCGCAGCAGUUGAUGCAACCGGUGGCCUCUUUAGCUCUAGGAAUCCUCUAACUGUGGUGCCGUGUUCCGUUGAACUCGGCGAUGGUCAUGGCUCUCGGCAUGCUUGGUCGAUGUACAUGAGCGAAGAUGAAGAAGAAGAAACGAAUCAGCAGAGGAGUCUGAUUCUCUUCACAAGAGCAUGGGUGCUUCAGGAGCGUCUUCUAUCUCCUCUUUUGCUAAUAUUUGGAAAGAGAGAGCUGUACUGGGAAUGCCUCCGACUUUACGCGAGUGAGGUCUACCCGGAAGGAAUCCGUUUUUUUGACAGAUCGUACGGAUUGGAUAUUUUCACGCUGCGCAGGGUAUGGAACAAUCGAUCUGACUCAUCCUGGUCCCCUUGGAGACUCUGGAAUGCCAUUUUUUCUCGUUAUUCCGGGCUAAAGUUGUCGCAUACCUCGGAUAAGCUUGUCGCCCUUGCGGGUCUGGCUGCAGAUCUUCAUACAGCCUUUCCAAACAUGAUAUAUCUCGCUGGAAUCUGGUCGAAUCGGCUUCGGCGGGGUCUACUCUGGUACUGCUACGACGGAAGUCCGUGGAGGAAACCUUGUUACACUGCGCCUUCUUGGUCAUGGGCAUCGAUCGAUGCACCCGUCUGGACGAACAACAACGUGUCUUUCUCUGAUGCCAUUGCAGAAGUGCUUGACGCUCAAGUCUCGCUAUCAUCUCCCGCAAACCCAUACGGCAUGGUUACAGACGGUCAUAUCAGAUUAAAAGCUCCAUUGGUUCGCUUGGGGUUGCGAAGAGGAUCCAUUGGACGACGAUGGUACAUAGCUGACUCGAAUGAAGAAUCAGAGAGCGGCACCGAAGACUCCGAAUAUGGCAUUGCGGAUUCCAUCCCCAAUUCAACAAUUGAAAUCAACAUUGCGCUAGAUGACCGAGCUGCGAGCCAGUCGAUCCAAUCCUUUUUUGCCUAUUUAGUGCCUUUAGCAGCCUCUUUAACGAAGCGGGGAGAUGGAUUACACCUUGAGGGCCUAAUUCUCAUACCAACCCAUCUGAAGCGAGGACAGUUCCGGCGCAUUGGCUAUUUCUAUCUCAGAGAUUACUGG